AUGAAAAUCUCUCUCCUACUCGGUACAAAUGUCAAUGAGGUACUAAGGUGGAUGAACCAAUGUGGCACAUUUGCUCUCGCUCAUUUCUUUGAAGAAGAUUAUUGGAAUUUGAUGCAGCCAGCACUCGUAUUAAACUUGUCUGCAUUCGCUCUACCCAAGAAUGCAAGGAAUCCCCGAUAUCUCUGCAUGGACAUGGGUUCACAUCCGCUUUUCACAAUGAAUUUGGGUUUGGUAAGUUAUCUCGAUCCCUUGAAAAGCAGGGAGACAAGUGACCAAGUGGCCCGCAUUCAAACAGAAAUAAGGCAUCAUACCCUGGAAAAUCGAAUGACCUCUUGUCAGAACGGGAUGAUGAAGCAGUGGGGCUACCAGGGAUUAGCUUGCGAGUUUCAAAUCACCUCGCCAAAUUUUCUCCAGCCUUCAAGGGUACCUCCUAGCUUCGAAACCGCAUCCCAAUACUCUCACCUGUCACCUCCUGUAAGACCAUUGUGCCAAGGACUUUCGACUCCCGCAUCCGGUGUGCUGCGACUGAUUCGAGGCCGAAACCCCUCAGGCUUUAAAGUCGGCCUUUUUUUCUUCGUCGCCAAGCCGACCUCAGGUAGGACUCUCAUCAGGCUCUUGGCGUUAGUGCAUGAUGGAGAGAACGAGACGAUUCCUUGCACACUUCGACAACAUAGAAUCGAUAGUAUUCUUUCUCAAACUACCAGCCUUCUUUUUGAAACCCUCUUCUUAUCCGCCGCAACCGAUAAUGCUUUGCCUCAAGGCUACUGCUUUUGCCUUUGCUCUCGCAAUGGGCUAUGCUUUAGCUGGUAUGCAUAUGGCCCGUGUACUUUCAGUCAUACUCCUGUCAAAGUUGCGCUCCGAGACGAUGCAUUCAGUAAUUUCGCUAGCGGCAAAGGAUCUCAGACCUUUGGGAAUGCGGGGGUAGCCUGCACAGUUGGGACCAGAAUUGAGAUCCUUGUAGGAAUGAUGAUGGCGAAUGUGAUCAAUUUGGUCGUUCAUUUUGAACCAGGGGCGACCAGUUGCGACAUGCACGGCAGGAGGCCCGACGGGAGUGUUGUAGACGAUAGAGAACCAAUAUCCCUAGAACCAGUCAAAUAUUUGUAUUGGCAACCCCAUCGUAACUCUGCUUCCACAUUACCUCCUUCCUCUAUAAUAUUUGUUCCAAAGGCAAAGGUCAUUGCGGGUACGAAAGGAGGAAAGGGAAUGACCAACGCCCAACCUCCAGAUGGUGAAACUCCAGCCAUCGAAUUUCCUGCCAUCACAAUUCUUGUCCAACCCAUUGCCGUCAUGUUUUCCAUAUAUGAAUUUCCCCUGUCUUUCCCUUCAUGUUCCUUCACCCUUCUCGGUCAAACUCACAGCAUCCUAAUCAAAGGAACGUUCUCAACACGCUUGUAG